AUACAUCAUAAAUAACACGGACUAAAAUAAUAUAAUGUAUUGUCUUAAAAACAAUCUUUGAAGACCGUGAUAUAAUAUAAUAAUGGAUUAGCUUAUUAGUCCGUGAUAAAUAGUAUCUAUCUAUAAUGAGUAACAGCAUAACAUAAUCAUAAACUAAUCUAUUCUGUGAUCAAAUCUUGUUAUUAACCAAGUACACAUUUGUAAAUUUCAAAAACCUAGUAACUUUUAUUAAUGAUUUAUACUUUUGCAUUUCGCAUACGUACACAUAAAUUAGCGAUAUUUUUUACAUAUUAGACAUGUAUUUUAUGAAUGAUACGUUUUACGAAGGGUUAACUAUUGGUAUAUUAACUGGUAUUACUCUUAAUGUGAUCAAAAAUUAUAUUUUUAAAAAUAAAUAUAUAAAUCGUGAUACAACUAAACUAGAUGUAACUGAUGAGGAAAUUCGAAGUGAAUAUAAAUCCUCGACAAAUGAAAAUGAAGAAUUUAAAAUUGCAUUAUUGGUUCGACAUGAUUUAAAAAUGGGAAAAGGAAAAAUUGCAGCUCAAUGUUCACAUGCAAUUGUGCACUGUUAUGAAAAAGGCUUAAGUUCAAAACCAUUUGAAAUAAAAUCCUGGGAGUCAAACAACAAGCCAGUGGAAAUAUUCAAGAUAGCAGAUGAAGAAACUAUGUUAAAUUAUCAACAGUUAGCAAAUGAAAAUGGAUUCAAUAACUAUAUAGUAGUAGAUGCAGGUCGCACACAGGUUGCACCAAGGUCAAAAACUGUAAUGGCUGUAGGCCCAGUUAAAAAGAAAAUGAUUGAUUUGUUUACUCAAAAUCUUCAAUGUGCAGUUUUAUCAGUAAAUGCAUAUAAUAAAAGUAAAUUAUGCGGACUACCCUCAAAAUGUGCUAGAAUUGUUUUGAAAGUACCAGAUUUAAAAACUUUGACAUGUAUUCAAAAGCAAUGCAAGUUAUUUGAUAUUCAUACAGCUAUGUUUACAGAAAAUGAUGAAGUGACUGUCUUAGCUAUUGGUCCGGCCAAUGAAGUUUCUAUUAAUGCACAAGUACAUAAUUUAAAGUUAUAUUAGGUAAUUAAAAAUAUUCUUACCCAAUAGCUUCAGUUUUUGUAUUUGACAUUUUUGAAAUAUUAAAAAAAAAAAAAAA